AUGACUGCUUCUCAAAGAUAUGUUCGAACCAAUGGUAAUAAGUGUCCUUGUAUUGGUUAUAUUAACCCUGAAGCAUUAGAAGAUCCAGACCUCGCAAAACCUGAUCCACUGGCUGAGCUUGUCAAAAGUUAUGAUAGAUUAAAAAAGGAGUUGGAACAGGCCAAAUUCUCGAAUGUUCUCCAGGAUAUCGUAUGUGAACCUGCAAAUUCUUUAACAAGUGCGGUUCCGGGUCAAAAGCGGCAAGCAGACGCUUCCAAUCUGCAACAUUCUAUCUCAACUAUGAAGCUUCGCAAAACUCACCUGAGGUCCAAUUUCAUGCCUCUUCAAUCAUUUCCACCCCUCCUUCCCCCUCCUCAAACAGAACCUGUGAAUUUGAGCAAUAAGUCAGCAAUUGAAGAUCAACCUACGCGAGCACUACCUUCCAUUACUCCACCCAGUCCAAUCGGUUCACCGAUUUCCACGGCCAAUAUGCUGGCUCAACUUCUGAUUCUCAGUGGAAUGUUCCCCCACCUUCUAAAAUUGAAUCCUCAAGUUCGUUCUUCACCACCCUCCUCUUCUACUAGUCCUUUGACUCCCAUCGGUUCACUAUUUUCGUGCUAUAAGCCGAUUCAAGCAAGCUUUUACCCAUGA